AUGAAAGCAUUCUUUAAUAAGUUAUUAACGAGUGAUAAGAAUAAUAAUAAUCACAAACAAAAUCAAAGAUGUUUAGCGGAUUCUUUGAAAAAGGAUGAGAAGAAGAUGAAUCAUAUUUAUUUUGAUCAUAGAUGUACAAAUAACAAAUUAAAUAUUAACGAUCGAUUGUUUAUGAAUGAAAUAUACUCUGGUAGACAACAAAGACUUAACAGCAGUAGUAGUAGACAAUCCGACUAUCUCGCUUGUCUAAGCAAUACGAAAUGUGCAUUGGAAUCACCCGAAACCAAAGCAGCAAGAGAGAAUCAAGAUUCUCAUUUACUACAAACAAAACUAGUGGAAUUAAAUAGUUUUAUUAAAUUAAAUAAUUAUACAGAGAUGAAGAACUUAUUAGAUGAUUUAAUGGUUAUUGUAAAUGAUACAACGUUAAUGGAAGAGUUGGUGGAUUUGAAGUGCCAUCUGUUGUUGAAUGAUAUCUUGGUUAGAAAUGAACAGACGAUAAUGGCACCGAGAAAGAAAAGUCGUUCUUGGAGAAGAGAAGAUACAUUGGAUCAAAUAUUCCUCUCGGUCAUCUAUAUCUUGAAUCAAAUCUGUUCGACACAAACCAAUUGGAUAUUUUCAAUUAAAAGUCCAUAUGAUCUUAGAAGAAUACAUAAACUAUAUGAAUUUAUCGGUGAGUUGGGUUCGGUUAGUCUGUUUAUCUUUAUCAAGGUGUUGUCUGCUUGUAUUCAUCCGCCAGAUCCCAACGAUGUCCAAACCAUUCAGAAAUCAAUUGAGAUUAAAAAUACACAAUAUCCAUUGUUUCAAAUUAAUCAUUGUAAUAAUCAUCAUAAUCUUAAAGCUUUAUUAUUAAAUGCACCUAAAUUAAUUGAGAAAACAUGUUUACUACUGGAGAAAUCGACUAAUCCGAAGUGGAUACCACCUUCACUGCGACAGAACAAUGGAUUUACGAAUGGCGGCGAUUGGGAUAGUCUGGAUAGCUACGUACCGAUGCAUUUCAAUAACGAUCAUAUCCUAAUGAUAUUCCAAGAGUUGAAUCUCGACUCUGAAGGUAUAGAGCCGUCAACUUACCUUAAACGCUACACCAACUGUGUGUUCCAGACGGAGCUACUCGUUUUCCUCUAUGGUAUCAUGAACGGAUCACGAAAACUUCAAACACUCUUGCUGAUACAGAAACUAGGUUUCAUACCGACACUCUACAAGAUUAUCAAUAGUAUCGAUUGGACCAAAUCAUAUUCCGAUGAUUAUAAUCCAUUUCACAUUCAAAAGAUUCAGUCUUUGCGAUAUAUUAUAUUGUUCUUUGAUGUCGAAGUAAUGUCGAUUUUGAAUGACUGCCUCUUGAUUCCACAGUAUGAAAAAGACUAUAUCAAUGGUUUGACAAAGAUGGAUCAAUCGAAAACCUAUUGGUUACAUUCAAUCUAUCAAUCCUAUUUGAAAUCAAAGCAUAUUGAUAAAGAAAGAACUUUCUUGAUGUGUUGUAUUCAAUCAUCUUUAAGAAUGUCAAAUAUCCAAGUGAAACAAUAUUAUGUUAAUUUCGGUUUGAUGGAUUCACUCUACCAAGAGAUCAUCGAACAGAAACAACAGUUCUAUCAGAUGAAUUUCGAUCUGCUAGGAGAAUUGCUAAAGAACAACUCACCACUGUACCAUGAUUUCACAAAGCGAUGUACAGCCGAUCCAAGUUCAUUUAAACUACUCCAAAAGAUUGUAAUGGAGAACAUUAUCGAUGCCAAUGUAUUUCUACGUGCAAUCCUCUUGACUCAUUCAGAAUUACGAUCAUCCAAUCAACUUAAAUUCCAAGAUAAUGAAUAUAUUUUAUUCGAUUAUAUUGUCAGACAACACAGAAACAACAUUUUAGAGACAUUGAUAGAUAGUUUAUCAGUUGAAACUUUACAUUUAGAAAAUCUAUGUUGUUUAAAUACUUUCUUGUUUAUCUUACAUGUAUCAAAGGAUUUCGGAUAUUUUGAUGAAUCUAUAGUUAUGUUAAAAUUACUUUGUAGGAAUUCAACUGCUUUCACACAAAACUUUUUAGGUGUAUUUGCUCUUUGGAAGAGUUUCUAUGAUCAAAACUCAAGAGAUAUCUUUAGUUUGGAGUACACUUCGAAAUUGAAAUUCCAUGAAAUCGCCAACCUUGUUACAAUGAUUGAAGAACAAUUUACUGAACUUAAUGUUUGA